UAUGACUUAGUGGCUGUCUAUCCUAAAACAGAGAAGUUGUUUCAUGCAGCUUGCAUGACAUUCGAUGUUGACGUCAUCUGUGUAGCAGUGACAGAAAAACAACCCUUCUUUUUCAAAAGAUCUCCAGUAAAUGGGGCAAUUGAAAGAGGUGUGUUCUUUGAAAUAAGUUACGCACCUGCAAUCCGAGACUCCACCAUCGCAAAUUCCAUCAGUCUCGUGGAGAUGUGCAAAGGAAAGAAUGUAAUUGUGACGAGUGGGGCAGAAAAGCCCCUUGAGUUGAGAGGACCCUACGACAUUGGCAACUUAGGCCUACUUUUUGGCCUGUCCGAAGGAGAUGGAAAAUCUGCAAUCUCCACCAACUGUCGCUCUGUCCACUUACAUGGAGAAACAAGAAAGACUGCCUUGGGUAUUGUACACACUAUGAAGAAAGACCAGCCAUUGACUGAGAGACAGGAGGAUGUUCCAGCAUCAAAGAGGGCUAAGAUUGAGACUGCAUAG